AUGUCCGGUACACACCCCGCGCCGGUCUCGGUGCGUACCCUCCACAUCGCCGGCAUCCUGGUCGACAUCUACGGCGUCGACGAGCUGCCACCAGACGUCCAGGCCGUCACCGUCCUGUGGCUGCACCACCCGCGUCUACGUGCACGCGACGACAUGGCCGCCAUGGCUGCCCAGGCCGUGCAUGCUGCUGCCCGCCCAGUGCCACGUGCCGGCCUCAUCGCGGCCGCCUUUGACCAGCGCAACCACGGCUCGCGCGCGGCCUCGGACCCGGCCAAUGACGCCUGGCGCGAAGGCAACCCGCGCCAUGCCCAGGACAUGUUUGGUCUCGUCCGCGGCACUGUCGUGGACACGAGCCUGCUCAUCGAUCUGCUCGGCGCCUAUGCCGAGGACCUGUUUGCCGGCCUGACUGCCCCCGACUCCGUCUGCAUCGCCGCCCACAUGGUCCUCGGCGUCUCUCUUGGCGGCCACAGCGCCUGGCAGCUCAUGUUCGACGACCCGCGCGUCUCGGCAGCCGUCGUGGUCAUCGGCUGUCCCGACUACAUCGCCCUCAUGUGCGAUCGCGCCCGCCUCUCUCGCCGCCCAUCUUUUGCUCGUCCCGGCUCUGAACCCGGCUUCCGCUCCUUUCUCGGCAGCUCCGACUUUCCCAACGCUCUCAUCCAUGACGUCUGCGCCCACGACCCCAAGGGCCGCCUCUUCGGCACCGCUGAGCUCCCGCCAUCCCAGCAACCUGCCAACACCGAUCCUGCUGUCGAGAAAAAACUCGUCGCCCUCGUUAGGGGAAAACGCUUCCUGCUCUGCUCUGGCGCUGUCGAUAAGCUGGUGCCCUAUGCCGUCGGCAAACCGUUCGUCGACGCCUUCAAAUACUACGCCGACACCCUGCCCGCCCUGCAGCUGAUCGUCCAGGACCGCAUCUACGACGGUGUCGGCCACGCCUUCACUCCCGCCAUGAAGGACGACGCCGUCGCCUUUCUGCUGCGCUCCAUCGAGCUCCAACUGGCAGGCGAGCCUGAGAGCGGCGCCACCACGUCCAAGAUAUAG